AGCUAUGAACUCCUGCUUCAGUGUGCUUUUUCGGACCGACAGAAUCAGAAGCGCUGUAUAAAGUGUGUCGCUCUAAUAAAUGUGGAAACGCAGCUCCGAAACAACAACGUGGAAAUGCAUUGUGUUGAUCUGGAUCGGUGCUGAAUUGAUGGCUCCUUCUAUGCAGUUGCAAAUUCAGUCAUUCUUCCGAGAUCGACGAAAGGUUUGUAACUUCUACGAAUGGAAGUGUGCCAGCGGACAGUGCAUCGAGUCCCACCAGCUGUGCGAUGGUGUGGUCGAUUGUAAGGAUAAAUCGGACGAAACGUCAACGGCUUGUGCUUUCAUACGUUGUCCGAGCUAUGCAUUUCGCUGUCAGUAUGGUGCAUGCGUCGACGGAAACGCCAUGUGCAACGGGAUCAAGGAAUGUACCGACGGUUCCGACGAACAUCUGCACUGUCCCGGGUACAGUGAAACGUUGUUCACUGCCGGGAACUGUUCGAGCAUGGAAUUUCAGUGCCAAUCAGGGCAAUGCAUUCCAAGCGACUUGGUUUGUGACGGUCUGCCAAACUGCGACGACGAAUCCGACGAACAGCAGAAGAUCUGCGGAUUGACAUUCUGUCCGUCGUUUGCCUUUCGUUGCAGCUAUGGUGCAUGCAUUGGCGGGUACUCUAAGUGCGAUGGAGUCAUCGAUUGUCGGGACGGUUCCGAUGAAGACGAGUUGCUGUGUGGAAAACCCCCGCCAACAACUACACCGAAAAUGUUGAGUACGACAACAACGACUACGACCACAACCACGCCGUCACCGACGGUAACCGGAGCCCCAGGCUCAUGCUUGGUACCUGAACAGCCGUCGAAUGGUCAUAUUGUCCUCGACGAAAUGGCUAAAGAUGUUCUAAUCAACAGUGGAGAAUUUAUCGAAAACUUUAACUCAGUGCACGUGCUGUGCGAUGACAAAUACACCAUCAAGGGAGCUUCUACUAUCACCUGUCUCGACGGAGAAUGGCUGGAUCCGUUCCCACAGUGCGAGCGAUACUGUUCGGAAAUUCCAAUCAAUGGAAUUACCGUCCAGCCAGCCUGUGAGUAUCAAAGAAAACAAAUCACGUGUAAACGUCCCCUACCUCCGACGACCAGAGUGCGUAUCGACUGUAAGGUAGGAUACCAGAAACCGGAAGGUCCUAUUAACGAAACACUUACCUGCGUAGAUGGUGUGUGGACUAGUCCUGUCUUUCGCUGUGAACCCGUCUGUGGAACGCCAACUCCAGACGCGGAAGCGUACAUUAUCGGAGGCAAAAACGCAUCCAUUGCGGAAGUUCCUUGGCACGCGGGUAUUUAUCGCAACUUGGAAAAUGACACCGUGGAUGAUCUAAAAUCAGACGACUGGUUGUACAUUUGCGGUGGAACAAUACUUACCGAGAGGCUGGUGGUAACGGCUGCCCACUGCUUCUGGGACGUUACGUCAUUCCACAAUUUAAAAUCAUUCCUGAUAACCGUCGGAAAGUAUCGACGAGAUCUGAAUGCCAUCGAGAGUCUGCCAGUGCAGAUCAUCCGGGUGCGGGAACUCAUAACACAGCCCCAAUAUCAGGACUUUUCCGGUUACUACAACCUGGAUAUAGCGAUUGUUGUGUUAAGUGACUUCAUUGUAUUCAAGUCGCACGUGAGACCAAUCUGUUUGGAGAGAAACCUAAGGACUGAAAGCGAGAAGCGAAUCAAGCCCAACAGUGUCGGAAGAGUCGCUGGCUGGGGAUUGACGAGUUCGGGUGGUCAGCUUAGUCCGAACCUCAAGAUGGUCGAUAUUCCGACCGUAGACUACUACACUUGCAGAGAUUUUUCCCCCGUUUCCUAUCGGCCAUUUUUGACCGGUGAUAAGUUCUGUGCCGGCGAUCCCGCGACAGGAACCAGCGUCUGCCAGGGGGAUAGCGGAGGUGGUUUCGCCCUCGGUAAGGAGAUAGCUGGUGAAACCGUGUUCUUUCUGUACGGUGUCGUUAGCUCGGCUCCCCGUUCGGCCAGCGGAAGCUGCGAUAACAACAAGUAUGUCGCCUUCACCGAAGUGCAGAACUAUAUUCCGAUGGUGCUGGACGCCGAGAGUCAAUAUCCAGUUAUUUAG